AUUUCCAUUUUGCCCCAGAAGAUAGCGGUCAAGAGGUAGCACAGGAGAAAUAAAACCAUUACAAACAGGUGUUGAAAUUUGUACUGCUUGCAAAGAAAGAAGCUAUGUUUUCAACAUUCAAAUAUUGUGCAAUAGAUUAUUUAUAUGAGAAUGUAAUUAGGAAGAAGUUUUCUAGAGAUGCUUUCUUGCUUCGAAUCCCUUCAUGUUUAUAUCAAGAUGGAGAUUAUCUUACAGGAGUUAUUGAUAGUGCAUUUAGGAGGCCAUGGACAAGAGUGUCAGCUGUUCCAUUUGGGGGAAUGACAGAUAUCUCAGUCUUGGAUCAAUGGAAAGCAAGUCUCUUUAUGGAGGAUUUCCUUGAGAAAAAAACAGUUACAGGAAUGGUGACCCAGAUUAAUUGUGAAUUUGAGGAAAUUGUUCCAAGUUCAAACCCAAACUCCCAAAUUGAAGUAGAGGAAGCCAGCUUAUACACCCAUAAGGACUACAGUGAAGUCUUUACACGUGUCAACUGUUUAGAAAAAUGUCCAGCACUUCAAGCGCAGAACCAAGAUUUGUCCAUUGAUGAUGAAGAAAUAAUUUUUGUAAAUAAUUUGAUGGCCUAUAAAAGUCACCUACCAACUUUGCAUACUCUGUUGAGUAGGCUGAAACUACUUUUGGUAAAGGAUCCCCUUUUAGAUUUCCAAGGCCAGAUCUUCACAGAAGCUAAUUUUUUCAGGGAAUGUUUCUCUUUUCAAAGAGAUUUGAAAGAUUUUAUGAAAGAAGAUUUUUACAUGGAUAAAGAGAACUUUUGUCAGGAGAAACUAGAAGAUACAGUAAGUUUAAAUGAAACUCCAUCAAUUUUGGCUGAUUGUGAAUUCUUAGUAUCUACAAGCCUCAAGCAAGAAGUUGGUAUUCCAUCACUCUCAGAACUGAAGGAGUCAUUAAACUUAAUGCCAGAAGUAAUAAAUUAUGUAGACGAAAGUGGAAACCUUUUCGAAAGAGAGCUUAUUACCAAGCAUGGAAUUGACAUUGAAGAUAUAAAGUGCAGCUCCACAGAGAUUUUGGCCAUUCAAAGCCAGUCCGAACCAGAGCACAGUGAACCUGUGGAGUUAGAAAUGCCAUUAAGUCCUCUGCUCCUAACAAACCAAUGUUCUUCAGUGAGUUCGUUAUGUACAGGACUUCAGACAUUUCCAUUUUCUCCUGUUUGUAAAAUUAGUUUGCUUACUGCUGAAGAAUCAGCUAACAAAUACUGUAUGGUGCGGCAAUUAGAAAGCUACAGAAGCUCUUUGAAUCCAUUUUUGCUUUCAGUGCCAAGAACUGAAGAGCCCAACAGUCAAUAUUCAGCUACUGAUUUGAAAAAGAUACUUUCUAUUGAAGAAGAAAGCCUUGUGGUUAAUCCUGUCAGUGCAGAGUGGUGGAAACAAGCAGGACUAAAUCUGAUAGUGACAGAAACUUUGGAACAUCUGAAUACACACUUGUCUCAUGAUGAUCUAUCUUCUGAUGAUACUAAAAUGGAGAUAUUUUUGCCUACAAAAUUGCUUCAUUUAGAAUCACAGCUAGAAUAUGAAAGUUGUUCCUCACCUAUUGUACUUAUUAAACAGAAAUCUGCAAAUGAUCAUUUAUCACUUCCACGAAAGAGUGCAUCUGUGGCAGACCUGUGUUUUUCUGAUGAAGAUAUCUCUGUUAAAAACCUAAUGAGAGAAGAAAUACCAAAGAAUGAUCUAGAACUAGUUCAUAGAAUAAUCCAAAAUGAAGAAAAUAAUGAUUGCUUGGAACUUGGCUGCACAGUACCAUCUAUUGAAUCAUCUUCCCCUUCAAAAAUGGAAAAAGCAUCUUUUAAAAAUGGUGAAAAACAGGAGAAUGAUUUGGACCUUCUGAGUGACUUUAUUAUGCUGAGAAAUAAAUAUAGGACUUGCACCUCAAAUACUGAAGUCACAGACAGUGAUGAAAAAAAUGAUAAAGAAGAACAUUCUUUGACUCUUCAAGAAGAAAGUCCUAUUGUUUGUACUAAUAAAACCCUAGAGAAAAUAAAUCAGGAAAGGAGAGCAGAUAAUGUCAUUGAAAUUCAAGCAUCAGAUAGCCAGUGCCAAGCGUACUGUCUCCUAGAAGCAGCAGCUACUCCUAUCUUUAAAAAACUUGCAUGCCUCUGUACUCUCCCUGUUGCUAAUUGGGAAUUUGCCACUGUUGUUUUUGACCAAACAAGGUUCCUCUUAAAGGAACAACAAAAAGUAAUAAGUGAUGCUAUUCACCAAGGUACAAAUGAUGAAAGAGAAAUGACAUUCAAGCAUGCUGCUCUCUUACACCUUCUGGUAACAAUUAGAGAUCUCCUGUUAACAUGCAGCUUGGACACCGCAUUGGGAUAUUUGUCAAAUGCAAAAGAUAUCUACAAAAGCAUUUUAGGCUCUUACUUGGAUGACAUUUGGAGACAGCUGGCAAUUGUACAGUUUAUUAGGGAAAAAAAUCCUGAAACAAACUACAAGAUACAAGAAUUGCAAUGUCAGAUACUAAAUUGGAUGCAAAGUGAACAGCAAAUUCAGGUGCUGAUUAUAAUAAGAAUGGACUCAGAUGGUGAAAAACAUUCGCUCAUUAAAAUCCUUGACAAAAUGGAAGGUUUAACAUUGACUACCUUACAUUCAAACAGAAGAAAAGAUUUUCUGGAAUCCGAAGCUGUUUUAAAUGGUUUGAGUUCCUGUGUAGUUGUACAUAAUCAGUAUAUUGGAGCCGAUUUCCCCUGGAGUCGUUUCUCAUUUGUGGUGGAAUAUAAUUACGUAGAAAACUCUUGCUGGACCAAACACUGUGAAAAAUUGAAUAUUCCUUACAUGGCCUUUAAAGCGAUUCUUCCAGACACAGUUGUAAAGAGUAGCACCUUGCUGGAUAGAUUUGGUGGUUUUCUUUUGGAAAUUCAGAUUCCAUAUGUGUUUUUUGCAUCUGAAGGACUUCUUAAUACUCCAGAGAUUCUUCAGGUGCUAGAAUCCAACUAUAAUAUCACACUAGUGGAGAGAUGCUGCAGUGAGGCGUUGAAACUCUUCGGGGGCACAGAACGCUAUGUAGUGGUGACAAUUGAUGAACACACUGCUGUAAUUUUGCAGGACCUAGAAGAAUUGAAUUGUGAGAAGGCAUCAGACAAUGUAAUUACAAGACUGAUGGCAUUAUCAUUCCAGUACAGCUAUUGUUGGAUAAUUUUAUAUACCAAAGAAACGUUAAACUCAGAGUACCAUCUUACAGAAAAGACACUUCAUCACCUAGCACUGAUUUAUGCAGCUUUGGGUUCAUUUGGGCUAAAACCAGAAGAACUGGAUGUAAAGCUUAUAAUUGCCCCAGGAGUGGAAGAAACUGCAUUGAUAAUUCGACAAAUUGCUGACCACAAUUUAAUGACCUCGAAGAGAGAUCCUUAUGAAUGGUUGGAUAAAUCCUGGCUUGAAGUUUCACCAUCUAAGGAUGUACUGUAUGUAUGUAUGUAUGUAUGUAUGUUACAACUAUGUAACCCAUUGGUGGCUCAGCUCAUGUUAAAUAAAGGACCUUCACUGGACUGGAUAUUAUUAGCAACUCUUGGUCAACUUCAGGAACUCCUACCUGAAGUUCCAGAAAAAGUGUUAAAGCAUUUUUGUGGCAUCACUUCCUUAUUCAAGAUUAAUUCUUCUUCUGUAAUAAAAUCACCUCAAAUUUCGUCACUUCAGGAAAAUGGGAAUCAGACUAGUACCUUUACUUCUCAGACUUCAGCUUCGGGCUCUUCAGACUCUGUCAUUCAAGAACAUAACAAAUAUGACCAAUAUUCAGACUUAGGAGAGACAGCGCAUGACGACACAAACACCGCUUCAAAUGACAACUCUUCCCUUAUGGCACUGAGAGACAUGCCAUGUAUUUCACCACCUGUGGCUUCUUACAAUCAAACCAGCUACUGGAAAGACUCCAGUUGUAACCCUAACAUGGUGCAGAACAAUCCUUUCCUGAUUAAUAGAGAAUCAAGGAACGUGGCUGGAAACUCCUUUCUAAACCAGAAUGGCUCAGAGUCAGAUGUCUUUUCUUUGGGUCUAACACAAAUGAAUGGUGAAACCAUAAUAUCACCAAUUGACACUCAGAGGAGACUUACCUCUAAUUUUAUAAAUUAUCCAAAGAAGGGAACACAUGAAGCAAAAGGACGUAUAAAUAAAGAAGUAUCUGCCCCUCUCUUUUCACUAGAGGGCUCUCAAUCUCCUCUUCAUUGGAACUUUAAGGAAAAUGUCUGGGAACAACAGAAUCACUCGUUCAACUUACAAUAUGGUGCAGAGCGGACCACAUGUGGCAAAUGGUACUCUCAGAAAGAUAAUUUAUUCACUAAUCAGCAAAGAUGUCUGUCAGAUGAGUUAGACAGCUUUAUACGUGAAAGUUCACAUACUGGGACUAAAAACACGUUCUGGAGAGAAUUACCAUCUGUCCCCAGUUUGGAUUCAUUUUGUGCUUCUGAUUCUAAUGUAAAUCCAAAAGAAUUCAACAGUCUUUAUUUCUACCAAAGAGCUGGAAAAUGUUUAGGACAGAAGAGGCACUUGGAAUCUUCAUCUGACUCAGGAGACAAGAAAUCACUAACAGAUUUCAUGUGCUCACAACUACCACAGUUCAAAAAACGGCGUCUAGUGUAUGAGAAAAUCCCUGGGAGGGCUGAUGGACAGACUCGGCUGAGGUUUUUUUAAGAGAGAGAGUGGUGCUACACGCCAUACUCCACUGUUUUUGGUGAUAACUCCAUAACAAAAUGAUUUAGAUUUGCCCAUACAUUAAAGAAAAUGCAAUUGUUCUUAAAU